AUGGUUUCUGUUUUCCCUUUGGCGUUUCCAUACGUCACCUAUCAACCAUCGAUAGCUACACUAUCGCAAUUGUCCAUUACCAAUGCAAAUGAUACCGAAAGGUAUCAGGCGCAGAUAAGUGACUCCCGCUGCACCAUAAUCACAAAGAUGAACUCGCAGACCAGAGAACCCGUGCCAGGGCCUCUCAAAUAUACUUCAAACAACCAAGAAGACUAUCCUUUGCUUCUCCUGGUUCCUGAUGAGUUUCACAAGUGUAAAUUACAUCUACGAUUUAGGAAAAGAACUGCCGAUUCUCAAAAUUCCCUACUUAUUCUCAAAACUUUAGGGGAUGACGCCAGUCAUGAUAACCUCAAAAGGUUCUUAAAGAGCGAAGAUUUGGAAAGCAAAUACAGAGAAGUCUCAAAAAUCGCUUUUUCUAAGUUCCUACCCGAGAACGGCUACUCGGACAACUAUGAAAUAAUUGUAAAUGAUACAUAUGAAUCGACGAAAUUCGCUGACGGGAAGGUCAAUUUUUUUGUCUGGGAGUAUGAUGUGGCAAGUAAAGAGCAUAUUUUGUUGCUAAGCUUCUCAUUUUGGGUCGAAGAGUCAAGAACUACUGCACCACACGUUCAAUCACCAACGCAACCUUUGCGUGAAAAGGCUCUUCCGAACACACCAAAAGAUCUGUCUGCGUUCACUGUCUCAGACUUCAAACAUGCAUUCACUUUCUCUACUGAAGAUGGGCCCGAGUUCAGAGGCAUUCUAGCUCAGUACAAGAAGAGUCUACCUAAGCUAAAGAAAGCCAUACAUGCUUUGCAUGAAGAUGCAAGCUAUAUGGAGAUGACGUUUAGAAAAUUAAACAAUUUCAAAAGAGGUGUCAUCGAUACGUUGGACAUUCUCGUUGACUCACAAUUCAACCCUUUGCUCGGUAGACUUGACCUUCCAAAGUCCUUCCAGAAAAACUUUCUUACAUUUUUCGAAUCAAUUGAGAAGAGGAUGACUUUCAUUCUCAAGGAAGUUCUCAACUCUGCAUUGCUAUCAAAGAUGUCCACCUAUCUUACCGAAGUGACACCACAUGAUGGAUCAGAAUCCUCACAUGCCAAGAAGACCUUCGAGAAGAACUCGAAGGAGUAUUACGAUUGGCUCAAUAAAUAUCUCUCGAAUGAGAAAGACAGGCCCGAGCUGAAACUUCUCGUCAAGAGAAAAAACUUCGAGCUCUCGAAAUUCGAUUACUUGAACGCUCUCAACCUAGCGUCUAACAACCAAUAUUUUAAUCAAUUCUUGGAAAAUCUACUCAAGUUUUCCAGCGCUGAGUUUAGGAGUCAAAGAUUUGACAUCAAGGAGUUUAAGACUAAUCAGAGCCUCUUGAGCAAUGACGCCAGUGUCUAUCUCAACACCAUGUCCAGGUUCAAUAGCGAAAAGCUACAGUAUCGUCAAAUGAUAGAGGCAUGUGCCAACAAUGAGGAAUUAUCGGAAGUGGUUAAAUUAAACCCUCUAAACCCUUCGAAGGAUGCGACAAGCUCUGAUACUUCCACAAAUGGCGUGAUGUCUUCCUCCAAGCUUGACCUUGUAUUUUCUCUGGUUGCCGGCCAGAAAUCUAUUCCCACCUUUGGAUUUCAAGGCUCUCAAUUAUUGACUGCGGAUGAUCAGAACGCCGAAAUUUCCGGAAUACUCUACGCCCUUGGUGGAAAAGGCAAACCAGGUUGGCACAAAGAAUGGGUUGUUCUACGUGAUGGCCAACUCAAAGAAUACUCAGACUGGAGGAAAGGUAAGUCAUUGAUCAAUAAGCCUAUAGACAUAGCAUUGGCCAGUGUGAAACCCAUAACGUAUGAUAAAAGGCAGUUCUGCUUUGAAAUCAUGACUUCCAAAGGACAGAAGCAUGUUUUCCAAGCCAUCAAUGACGAUGACAGGGACAAGUGGACAAGGGCAUUGUAUAAUGCUGGACAAAUCACCCAAAGGCUAUUGGCUAAUGAAAAGAAAAAGAAAUCCAACAGACCAAAUUUACAUCUCGAAAAACCAACUUUUAAGAGUGAUGAUGGGGAUGAUGAAAGACAUGGCUCUCCCGUAUCAAUCUUCUCGAACUCUAUAGGUCCUCCAGAUACAAGCGAAGUUGACUUCCUUAAAGCAGUCCACUCAAUUCUGAAUAGCAAGAACAACUUAUGUGCCGAUUGUGGCUCGUCGAAAUCUGUGGAGUGGAUAUCCUUAACGUUUUUGGUCACUCUAUGUGUCAAAUGCUCCUCGUGUCAUCGAAGUUUAGGAUCGCACGUUUCGAAAGUGAGAUCCUUGAAGCUUGACAAUUUUGAGAAUGAAAAUCAGGUGUUGCUCAACUAUAUUAAUAAUGAAGAGGUUAACAGAUACCUUGAUGAUCCUUCCAAGAAAAUUCAUCCUGACUCUGACAAUGAUGAUCGGUUGACCUAUAUCAAACAGAAGUAUUUGCAGCGCACCUUUGUGAAUGUGUCAUUGAAUGUUGAUGAGCUUCUUGUGAGUGCUGUGAGAAGGAUCAACAUCCCCGAAGUGAUAAAAGCACUUAAUUGCGGUGCCAACGCUAACCUUUCAUUACAAAUGGGAUCACAAUCCUCUGGGGUAGAGCCAAUCACAAUACAAAUUUUCGAAUACUCUUUAAGAAAGUUAGUCGAAGUGGAUGAAAAUGGCACUGUUCGAGAAUACUUCGUAAUUUCAGAACUACUUAUUCAUCACGGGUGCAACAUCGACAAGAUACGGGAGCUCAAUCCCGCACUUAAUCACACUGACGAAGCAAUAGGCUACUGGAACGAAAAGAAGCUUCGUUUGAAAUAA